AUGUGUUACAAAAAAAAAAAAAAAAAAAAAAAAAAGAAGCAACUCGUGUUCCUCUCUAAUCUCAUUGUUCACGUACAAAUACAGAUCCUAAAAACAUUACGUUUUGUUCCUUUGACCAUGGAACUCAACCUCACUACGCCGACAUCAUGUUCCUCCAGCAGUAUCUCGUCAUCUUCGCAUGAAAUGGGUUUUUUAACCGAUACCAAAGGGAAAAUGAAAGAGAAGAUUGCGGAUGGGCAAGCGACCGAGACUCCGAGGGUAGAGUUUCGCUUUUUGUUCAACAACGACAAUAUAAGAAACUCUGGUUUUGGAGUUUUAGAUGAGGCAGAAGGGACAAAGAACGAGGCUAAAGCGAGGGUGUUUGCUUGCACCUUCUGCAAGAAAGAGUUCUCUACUUCUCAAGCAUUAGGAGGACAUCAGAACGCUCACAAGCAAGAGCGAUCAUUGGCCAAAAGGCGUAAGGAGAUCGAAAUCAACUAUCCUGGGCACUCCUUCUACAGCCAGUACCCACCAAGUGGUGUUUCCAACAGCAACAGCUCACAGUAUGACCUUGGGGUUCGUUGCAAUCCCAACAUUGGUAAAUAUAAGGCCUAUCCCUUAAACAUCUUCAGAUGUCGAUUAGGGUACAGAGGGCUUAACAUUAAUUCCCAUGUCCCUCUCCUGUCUCAACUUUCGUGCCCAAACACAGACGAUUUUUCCAUAAAUUUGAUUUCAAACUUAGAAGGCAGCAUUCAUAUGAAUAAGGAGGACCAAGGUGACAAAGAAGAUCAAUCGGACAGUGAUACUUGCAAGGAUACUGAGAUUGACUUGUCUCUGAAGCUGUAGUUUACUUUUAUUCUUAUUCUUGGUUAAACUUUAGUACUUGUUUCUUAAUUCAGCAUCCUUUCAUAUUGUGUUUUUACUCGUAAUGUUAAAGCUUAUAUUUAUAUAUACAGACUUUAAUCUCGCCAAUCUUCUCUACUAACUGAUACGUAAAAGUGUUUCUUUUCUCUUUUUUUUCUUUAAUUUCUAAAUUUCGAAAUUUAACAAACGUUUUAUUUUUGUGUGUGUAGAUUAUUUGAGUAGUUAAUGAUAACUAAAGACUAGAAUAUUUGGGAGAGCAAUCCAAUCCUUUAAAUAUUUGAUGUUGAACAGUUAAUAUCACUUAUUAGAAAAUAUGCAGAAAAAACCGACUUUUUUUCAAAAACUACAACUAAAAGCUCAUUAAAUUAUUGAUUAUUUACUCUACCCCUCCAAGACCAUACUUAGUGUUGUAGGUUGUUAGUAUGUAGAGCUUAAAAGAUUGCAACGUAAAGGCUAAAAUACUUUGAGCAUGCAAAUUGUGGUAAAUUCAGAUAAAUACUGUGAUGUAAGUACGAAAACAUUUCUGUUCGGAUGGGAUUUAGAGUUAUAAUAAAAAAAAGUAUGUAGUGUUGAUUAAAAAAUACGGUUCCUCUAACAGAAUGUGAGAAUGGUCUGGAAGCAUUUAUAUCUAUUUAAACAAGUUUUUCUAGGGUGAAUUUGAGAGUAAAACGAAAGGCAUCUCGUGACUUGGGAUUGGAUCUUAGUAGGUGUAAAUUGCAUUCAGUUACCCCUCAACAACCGGCAACAACCUCUUCUCUCCAGCUAUAUAUAAACCUUUUUUGCUACUCUCAAGUCCUAAGCAAAACACAAGCAGAGUAAAAAGAGAGAGACAAAGUGAGAAAAAAAACGUGAGAGAAAAUAAAAACGGGAUUGGAUCUUAGUACAGCUUAACUGGUUAUUAAUUUAAAGAAUAUCAUGAAUGAAUGAAAUUAAAAAAAAAAGUGGAACGUAGAUGAAUGAAAUAAGGGAAGUUAUAGAAUAAAAAAAUUGAAUUUCAUUCCACUUAUUCAUAAACUUUUUUAACCAUGAAUAUUUUAUAACUACAUUCCAUUUUUUUUUCUGACAUUUUACAAGGAAUCAUUGGAAUGAGAUUUGUUUUUUGUUCCAUUCAAAUGGUAAAAAAAAUUUAGAAUAUGGAAGAAUAAGCCAUUCCAAACAAUUUCAUUCCAAAAAUUUGUAAUUGAGUUGCACCCUACGUGUAAAUUGCUUGCAAUAUAGCCUUUUUUUUUGUCACUAAAAUGCAUUCAUAAAAUUGGGCCAUGACCCAAAAUCGUUAGCCCACUAAAAGAUUUGAUACAGAAGCACGAAGCACAGCUUUUGCAAGAAAAUCUGAAAGAGAGUUCUUUGAUCUAGGGAAAUAGGAGAAAGAUAGAGAGGUGAAUCCAGACGAGAUUGAUCGUAUAUCACUCACGAUUCCGAUCAACUCUUUGCUCUGGAUCCUGCCAUUAAUUACUCCGAUGAGCGUUGCACAGUCUGAAAAGACUUCAAAUUUUGUGAUGCAGAGAUCGUUCGCCGAUCCAAGAGCUGUCAACAGGGCCAAAGCUUCUGCGAUCAGAGGAGAGGCGAUGAAGUCCUGCACCAGCGAACCUUCUACUGGACUAGGUAUAGUCGGGCCUGUGAAGUCCUGCAAUAUAGCCUAUUAAACAAGCAAGAUCGGCACUAACACCGACAAAUAUCCCCAUAGCAAAAAGCUUUAAUUGUCUUGAUUUGAAAAUAACAUUCCAGUAUAAACUAGUUCAUGAAUCAAUGGGAAUGAUGUAUGGUAUGUUGGUUGUUGGCCGCAUACGCCACUGACGGGUAGACAAGAAUUUGUUAAAACCGGAAAUGAAGAACGGAUACCCAUGACUUUGGCAACCUGAGAUAAGAGUUUGAUGAGAUUUGAUGGCUAAGCAUGGUUGAGUUGAAACAGAGACUCCGUCCUGAAAUAAGAGCUUGAUGAGACUUGAUGGGUAGGCAUGCUUCUAACAACCAAAACCAACGCAAUGCCAUAACAAAUCUAUGUGCUGCCGACUCCGGAAUAAUAUUAUUUUAACAUUAAAACGAGAAAAAGAAGUAAAUAAAAAAAAAACGAUUCAGGCUCCUCUAAGAUCGUUCUAGUUAUGUCAUUUUUUUAGAUUCUGCUUAAAGAUCUUACUUUCCCAUUUAAAAGUGAUUUAUAAGACCGAAAAAGAUAAUGGCAAAUGAUGAUGUUAUCUUUCACUAAAUGAAUCAUGAUCACACUUAUAAGUAUUACUAUAUAGUCAUAAGUAAUAGUAUCUCACGAAGACACCAAACUCUCCAAUUUUUCAAAGAGUAGCAAAAAAAGAACGAGGGAGCAAGAAAUCCUAAUUCACUUAAAAACAAAAUAUAAAAGUCAUGCUUGAAAUGACGUGUGUAGUGGGCGUUGUUAUGAAUCACCAAAUAGUUUGUAGCCAUUUCUGAUGAUUUCAUCCAUAAAUACUGUUUAUUGCUUCUCAGUGCUUUGUGCCUGUAUUACUCACCACCUCCUUUCCUUAAAAUUUUAUUACUCACUAUUCU